AUGAACCUCUUACCCAACGCUGGGGAAACUUUUGAUAAUGAAGAUACAUCUAUUAAGAACUGCGUUAACGCUUAUAACAAGACUUUGGAUUGUACCAAAGAUAUUCGCCUUGUUCGCCAUUACUAUCAAUACGAAUGGACAAGCGAUAAACUGACGGCCUUGUGCACACCACAAUGUUCCAACGCAAUUGAUAGCUGGUCGGCAGAAGUCAAGGAAUUUUGCGAUGAACAUGACCCGCCGUUUUUCAUUGGGGACGAUUCCUAUAAGGGUAGUGUCGACACUGACAAGUUGAGAUACGGUCUCGACAUGGUUUGUACGAAGUCCACAGACGAAGAGAGUUCCGGUAACUGGUGUCAACACGAAGCCGAAAAAUGGCAUACCUAUCUGGAGCCUUCCUUCAAAAAUGCUCUGCAUGGCCUUGAGCAACGCGAGGAACGGGAUCAGCCUUUCGACUUACCAAGCCACGAGACCACAGGUCUCCUCUCUGCCUACCCAAAAUCAGUCUUGUGUUCUUCAUGCUUCUUUGAUCGGUUGGGAAUCCAAGCAACUACUCAUUCCUCUAACUGGUCGCCGGCACUGGCAAACGACUAUGUCGCGCUAGGGAAAAUGUGUAUUAAGAGCAACAAGAGCGCUAUCAAACCUGCAAGUAAAACCAUUCCGCGACCGACAGGAAUAUCUAGCCUCCUAUCGCAAACGUGGUCGACGGGCGCAGCCCAAGAAGCACCUACUAUUCCUGCAGAACGGAUAUCGUGCGAAGACACCGCAAGAGUCACUUUCUCAGAUACAGAUACUCCACUGAGUCUCAGCAACAACCUUAUUGUGAGCACAGCGGAGUUGCUUCAUGUUAAUGGAAUCCCUCUAACAGGGGCAAAUAUCCUAACACCAUGGAGAAUACUGGCCAAAAAUAAAUAUAGGGCAUGUACGCCUUUAAAUUGCGAGAUUUUGAGGGUGGAUAAGGGAGAAAGCUGUGAGGAUGUCAUACAUGCUGCGGGAACGACAGCUGAACUAUUCUUUUCCUGGAAUCCUUAUUUGAUUGGGAAUUGUGCAUCAGGGUUGGCAGAACUUCAAAAUGUAUGCGUCGGGCCGCCAGGAGGUCGUUAUAAACUUCCAAACCCAGUUUUCGACGAAAACCCGCAUAUGAAAUUAAAUAUGUUUUCAGAUAUGGGGAAUUGA